AUGCCGGUGGAGAGGGUGCCCCGCUCCAGCAAUGCCAGCGUCGCCCGCCCGGAGGUCGUCAGAGAUGCAGAUCCUCGGGCCCCCUCUCCCGGGAAGACCGACCCAGAUUCCCUGGCUCCAUCAGCCCCCAGACCCCACCACCCAUCCGCUGGUCACUGUGGGCAGUGGAGGGAUGGCUGCCCAGCUGACAAGGCCCUGGAGUUGGUGACAUUCAAAGAUGUGGCCGUGAACUUCACACAGGAGUGGCAGCAGCUGGAGCUGGCUCAGAGGGACCUGUACAAGGAUGUGAUGCUUGAGAACUUCCAGAACUUGAGCUCCCUGGGUGACAUGGGUGACAUUCGUGUUUUCCGUCUCUUUCAGAAAUGGAGUCUAGACCGGAGAGGAACGGCCCAGUGGAAGCUGUCCCUGCAGGAGUAUCCCCUGAGCUGGACCUGGAAGAGCUGGGAGGGGGCUGCCCCUGGGGCUGUGCAUCAGGAGAGGCCGGGACAGCUUCAGGAAGGGCCCCUUCCGGGCAUCAGCCAGGAAUUCCAGGAGGGAGGGGCCCCCACAAGAGUGCGGGGAGGCCUUGGCGCACCGCACCGAGCUGGCGCAGCACCAGCGCGCGCGCGCGCACACGCCCUGGACAAAGCCUUCGCGUGCGGCGAGUGCGGGAGACGCUCCCGCAGGAAAGCCACGCUCACGGUGCACCGGCGCGUCCACACCGGCGAGAAGCCGUUCACGUGCGCCGAGGGCGGCAAGGCCUUCUGCCAGCGUGCCAACCUCACGGUGCACCGGCGCACGCACACCGGCGAGCGGCCCUACAAGUGCGGCGAGUGUGGCAAGGCCUUCGCCCUCAUCACCAACCUGGUGGACCACCAGCGCAUCCACACCGGGGAGAAGCCCUUCGUGUGUGACCUGUGCGGUAAGCGCUUCACCAAGCGCUCCUCCCUCCUCGGGCACCAGUGGGCCCCCAGAGGCGAGAGGCCCCACCCGUGCAGGGUGUGCGGGAAGGGCUUCCGCAAGAAAUCCGAGCUGGUCAACCACCACCGCACGCACACGGGCGGGCGGCCGUUCAAGUGCUACGAGUGCGGCAAGGCCUUCGCGCAGAGCAUGACCUUGGGCGGCAAGUGCUUCACCAAGUCCUCCGCGCUGAUCCUGCACGAGAGGCUCCACGACGGCGAGCGGCCCCUCCGCUGCGCCGAGUGCGGCAAGGCCUUCAGCCAGAAGGCGCAGCUCGUGGUGUACGGGCGAGAAGCCUUUCCGUGGCGGCGCCUGCGGGAGAUCCUACAGCCAGAAGGGCUACCUCACCGUGUCCACACGGCUGAGAAGCCCUACCGCUGCGGCGAAUGCGGGAGACGCUUCCGGAAGGUGUCCUUCCUGCUCCAGCAUCAGGCCAUCGACAGCGACGAGAGGCCCUUCCAGUGUGGCGUGUGCAGGGAGAAGCCCUACCAGUGCGGGCAGUGUGGGAAAGACUUCCCGCACCAGCCCACGCUGAGGGCGCACCGGAGGAUCCCCACCGGGGAGUGGCCCUAUGAGUGCAAGGUGUGCGGCAAGGCCUUCAGGCGCAUCGGGAACCUCACCUGCCACCAGAAGACCCAUGCUGCCGCGGGGGGGCCCGCCAGGGAGCCCAGCCUUCUGCCUACCCUCCCAGAUAACCUGUCACAGGUCAGGCCUGAGAUGGCGGCCAAGUUUCAGCCUCCCGUCAUCACUUUAGAAUCAACUUAG